AUGGAAAAUAUACCUGGUGACAGUGUUCUUGUAAAAGUACCUCUAGCUCCAAAAUUUCAGGGUACUGUUAUUGCUGACCCAAAUUUCAGUGCAGAAGUAUCUGCCCAGAACCUCAGGGAUGCCAUGGAAGGGUUUGGCACAAAUGACAAAGAAUUAAUUGCUGUUCUGACUCGUCACACAAAUGAGCAAAGGCAGGAAAUAGAAGCAGUUUACAAUGAAAAAAUAAGGCCGGAAAAGAGGCAAUCUUUCCUGUUUUUCCUUUUCUUUCUUUUCCUUUUCCAUUUCUUCCUUUUCCUUCUUUUCCUUUUCCUUUUCCUUCUUUUCCUUUUUCCUUUUCCUUCUUUUCCUUUUUCCUUUUCCUUCUUUUUUCUUUUCCUUUUCCUUCUUUUCCUUUUCCUUCUUUUCCUUUUUCCUUUUCCUUCUUUUUUCUUUUCCUUUUCCUUCUUUUUCUUUUCUUUUUCCUUUUUCUUUUCUUUUUCUUCCUAUUUCUUUUUUCCUUCUUUUCCUUUUCCUUUUUUCUUUUCCUUUUCUUCCUUUUUCUUUUUCUUUUCUUUUUUCCUUUUCCUUUUUUCCUUUUCCUUUUCUUCCUUUUUCCUUUUCCUUCUUUUCCUUUUUCCUUUUCCUUCUUUUCCUUUUCUUCCUUUUUCUUUUUUCUUUUCCUUUUCUUCCUUUUUCCUUUUCCCUUUCCCUUUUACUUUUUUCUUUUACCUUUUUACUUUUACUUUUUUCUUUUUAACCUUUUUUUUAUUCCCUUUUCUUCUUUUUUCGCUUUUCAUUUUUAAUUUUUCUUCUUUUUUACUUUUAUUCCUUUUCACUUUUCUUCUUUUUCAUUUUUCUUCCUUUUUCUUCUUUUUUCACUUUUCACUUUUAAUUUUUAUUCUUUUUCACUUUUCUUUUUUUUUACUUUUAUUCCUUUUCAUUUUCCUUCCUUUUCAAUUUUCUUCCGUUUCCAUUUUCCUUCUAUUUCAAAUUUCUUCUCUUUCACUUGUCUUCCCUUUCAUUUUUCUUCUUUUUCACUUUUUUCUUUUUCACUUUUCUUCUUUUUCAUUUUUCUUCCUUUUCUUCUUUUUCAUUUUUCUUCUUUUUCAUUUUUCUUCCUUUUCACUUUUCUUCCUUUUCACUUUUCUUCCUUUUCACUUUUCUUCCUUUUCACUUUUCUUCCUUUUCACUUUUCUUCCUUUUCACUUUUCUUCCUUUUCAAUUUUCUUCCUUUUCAAUUUUCUUCCUUUUCACUUUUCUUCCUUUUCACUUUUCUUCCUUUUCAAUUUUCUUCCUUUUCACUUUUCUUCCUUUUCAUUUUUCUUCCUUUUCACUUUUCUUCCUUUUCACUUUUCUUCCUUUUCACUUUUCUUCCUUUUUCUUUUUCUUUUUCAUUUUUCUUUGUUUUUUAUUCAUUUUUUUUCCCAGCUCUUUGUCUUACGAGAUGAUUUCAAAUCAGAAUUGAGUGGCCAUUAUGAAGACAUCUGCUUGGCUCUUUUGGAUCCACCUGAUGUUUAUGAUUGCAAGGAAUUGAAUCGUGCAACCCAACGACUUGGAACAGAUGAAAAUACUUUGAUUGAAAUCCUCUUCACCCGAUCCAGUGAGGCCAUUAGCAAGAUCAAGUCACAAUAUGAGACCUUAUAUGGGAAGACACUUGACAUGGUUCUAGCUGAUGAGACAAGUGGAGAUUUGCUGGAAUUAUUACAGUGUCAGCUUAAUGGAGAAAGAGAUACAAAUAUCAAAGUGAACAGGGAAUUGGCCAGACAAGAUGCACAGGAACUUUAUGCGGCUGGAGAAGGUCGUAUUGGGACAAGUGAAAGAAGAUUCAACAAUAUACUCUGCAGUCGAAAUUUUUAUCAUCUACGUGAGAUGUGUGUUCAAUAUAACGAGAUUGCAGGACAUGAUAUUGAAGAAGCCAUUGAAAGUGAAACUAGUGGCUGCCUUUGUGAUGCUUACAAGGCCAUUGUGCGUAUGGCCAAGAGUAUGCCUGGCUAUUUUGCCUAUCGUGCUCACAAAAGCAUGAAAGGUCUUGGGACAAAAGAUCUUAACCUUAUCCGAAUCCUCAUCAGCAGAUCUGAGAUUGAUAUGGUGCAAGUGCGGGAAGAAUAUGAGAAACAAGAAGAGACAACCCUUGCUGAUGCAAUCUGCUCUGAAACUAUGGGAGAUUAUGAAGAAGUCUUGUUGGCCUUGAUUGGACAUCGAAUGGGAUAA